AUGAAGGGCUUAUCGGGCAGCCGCUCCCAACACCAGAUCCCUUUACCCCAUGGGCUCGACUACGACCCCUACGUGCAUGACUUCCACACGCACCAUGGCUCGGACACCCGCCACACCUCCUACCUGCUCAGCCCGACAGAGAGCUGCCCUAUGGACUUCCAACAUCGCUACUCACCGCGGAGCUCCAUUCACUCCGACUGUAUGAUGAUGUCCCCGGUCGUGAUGCCUCCCGUCGCCGUGUCCGACCACAUCUCCAGCAGCACCUUCCCCCGGAUGCACUACAGCUCUCCGUAUUAUGAUUCAGCCACACGGGACGACUGCGUCGCCAUAACAGCCUCUGCCACCUCGCCAGCCGUCGCCGCGGCUGCAGCCGCGGCCGCCGCCUCCUCGCACCACGCCGGCACCAAGAGCAAUCGCCUCCCCGCUAAUCUCUUGGAUCAAUUUGAGAAGCAAAUGCCGCUACACCGCGAUGGCUUCCACACCUUACAAUACCAGCGUACAUCCACCGCCGCCGAACAACGCAGCGAGAGUCCCGGCCGCAUCAGACACCUUGUUCAUUCGGUCCAGAAGCUCUUCACAAAGUCCCACUCCCUGGAGGGAUCGUCCAAGAUGAACGGCACAAAAGGCGGCGACAUUACAGGAAGCGGAUCAGGGAGUUACCAUCACCACGGCCAUCAGCCUAACAAACACGGCAGCAAGAGGAGCAAGAGCAAAGAACGCAAGCACCGGGCCGGCGGCUGGUGGAGCUCUGACGACAAUCUGGAUAGUGACAGCACCUACCGUACUCCCAGCGUCAUGUCCCGACACCACGGGGAACACAUCGCCCAUUGUUACCCGGAUCCCAUACACGGACACCACUUUGGAGAAAUGUCACUCAAGACCUCGAAGAGUAACAACGACGUCAAGUGCAUAGCCUGUGACAGUAUGGCAAUGGCGCCCGAAGGCAAAUUCAUGAAGCGGAGCUCCUGGUCGACGCUGACAGUUAGCCAGGCAAAGGAGGCCUAUAGGAAGUCAUCACUCAACCUCGAGAAAACCAUGAUGCACACCGACCAUAAGCCUUCGCGCACCUUUCACUAUCUACAGGUACCUCAAGACGAGUGGGGAGGAUACCCCGGCGAGAAGGAUGACGAGAUCCCGUGUCGGCGGAUGAGGAGCAGUAGCUAUGUGAAAGCCAUGGGAGAGGUGGACGAUGAUAGCGGCGAUUCCGAAAGCCCCAAGACCUCCCCGCAGAAAAGCGUUCGACCCGAUGCUCUGGUCCUCAAGUCAGCCAUGCAGAGACCCCAUUUUGACACCCAUAGCCCGGGCUACCGGUUGCACACCAUGAGAGAAAUGCGGGCCCACCCGAGCGUGACGCUGGACCCGGCCACCACCUUUCAUCCGCCGCCCUUCCGCUCUCGCAACCAGAGCUACAUGCGCGCUGUCAGCACCCUCAGUCAAGCUAGCUGCGUCAGUCAGGUGAGUGAGACUGAGAUCAAUGGCCAGUUUGAGUCAGUUUGCGAGUCCGUUUUUAGCGAAGUAGAAUCCCAGGCUAUGGAGGCCUUGGACCUGCCGGGUUCGUUCCGCACUCGAAGCCACAGUUACCUCCGUGCAAUACAGGCUGGUUAUUCCCAAGAUGACGACUGCUUGCCUUCAAUGACAUCCUCCACUGUCACUUCAACUCUCAGAUCCACAACAGAGGGAUAUGAUGUUGUGGAUGCGACCUCUUUUCUAAAUGACGACAUGAUAGAGGACGAUGAUGGUGCCAGCUCCUCUGCCUAUGCAGAGCUGGAGAGGCUGGAGAGGGAGACGGUGGCCGCUCGCAGCCAGCACAGUACUAGCUCCACCGUAACGGCCAUCUCAGUGCCCCCGGCGACACCGCCGUCAUACAGGGUCCCCAGUGCCUCACCCAUGGCCACAACUGAGCCACCGGUCCCUCAAGCCAUCCAGGCCUUCAAGGAAUCGGCAAAUAUGGUGGCCGCCUUCAACAUGCAGUGGAAAGAUGAGAUCUCGGCCAUGCGCUACGAGCUAGCCGAGCUCCGGCGAGAUGUCUGCGGGGAGCUGAAGACUUUCAACAGCAAUUUCUUCAACUUCACUCAGUGCUACAAUAUGUGGACAUUGUGUCGUGAGCCGUGCAGCGACGGCACCACGCAAACGCAAGAUCGAGUCUCCGUCGGAAUCCAAGCGGGAUCCAGCUGGUCCAUUCGGCAGCACACGCAGGACAAAUCAGUCAUGUGUCAACCUGAACCGGCGCCGUUUAGCAUCAUGGAUUUAAUGAACCCGCCCCGCAUUGAGAUCAUAGAGGGAACCCCCGAGAGCACACCCGAGGGCUCGGGCAGUCCCGCCAGCCCGCUUCCCAUGGAGGACUUCCCGUGGGAGAUCAACAAAAAUCAAAGGGUGCCCAAACCGCAAGAAAUGUGUGGCCACACAGGCGGUCACAGAAGUGCCAGUCUUGAACUGUGGUGCAGGAAGUACACCAGCGGGCCCAUGUCAUAUAUGUCUAUGUCAUUCUAGUCACGCUCAUCCGUCACUACCAAGAACCAGGUGAGGAAGCCAUGGGAAAACCGAUUGAACAUCCAUAGUCCCUUUACUCUCUGUCAGCUGUCAAACAGGUUCAAAAAGUUCUUUUAACAGCCUCCACCUUCAGACUGAGCUGUGAAUGUGAGCGAGAUGGUAGCUGAUCAAUCGAUCAACAAGUGCCAACAAGAGCAGCAUUGUCUUUCCUCAAUUGUCUUUAAAAAAAAAAAAAAUUAACUUGAGCAAACGAGCUACGUAAUAUCUGACGGUCAGCUGAUGAAGUUGGUUUGUCCCUGCACAACGCGGAUCUUAACUCGUGUUCAUUUCCGUUUCUCCAUGUCGAGACUUAACUCCGCCGCCUGCGUAUACUGUGAAUAACUUUAUAAACCCUCAAAAUUAUUUUGUAAAGAAUGCAUCAUGUGUAUUUAAUUGAAGUUAUUUUCAUCAAAGCGUCCGUCACACGUCGACCUUUGCUUAGUUUUUAAGCCAACUUUGAAUAUUUCACUCACAAUAAAGUUGAUGUGGGGUUGACCACCAAAAUUAUCUUUCAAUAAAGUGAAAAAGGACCGUUUGGUUUACAAUCCAGUGUAGCUUGCGGUUAUGAACCUUCAAAUGAAAAGGUCUCACAACAUGCAAAUGAGGAAAAACAAUCAAAUGAUCACGUAGAACAAAUGGUAAUGGCUUCAAAAGUUCCAUUUAACUUCCUGUCAUGUUUGUAUAUAAUGUGUACAAUUUUGUAUAGAUAUAUCAAAUAUAUUCAAAUAUUUACUGUACUGGUUGUACUGGUUGCAGUUCAAACAUACUGUGUUGGAUGAGCAGUUGAGAUAGGUUAGUAAAGAAUCGUUAACUUUAGUUGGAAACCAAACACAGCACCUUUUUCCAAGUCUUUGAGGUCAUUUAUUUCUUCAUGUCCAUCACUUGGGUGGUAGCAAUGGUCACUGAAAGUUGAUUGCCUCAACAGUCAAAAAAAAAAAUCCCAGUUUGAGUUGUAAAAGUUUGGACAAAAAAAAAAAAAAAAAGAUAAGUCCCCCUAAUGUAGACAAUCAGAGGUGCAGUAUGGUACCGGUGAAUGUACUGAAACCGCCUCACUAGUGAUGGCCAAGCUGGGCUCCUGACUGAUCUUAAUGGGUAGGAGCUGCUGGUUGACUUUGUCGGUCAUGACUUUGCAAAUGAUAGUAGCCCGUUAGCCGCUAGCAUUCCCGAUCUUGUAGUCCCGAGGUACAGAUCGCUGGAGAAUUGUGAUGUAUCACAGCCCUGACUUAAAUGUGAACCUGCCAAUGGGGACUACUGUGCUGAGUGAGAAUGGAGCUUCUUCCCACUUUGUGCAACCAAAAGGCAAUCGUUGCAGCAAUUCCAUCCAAAUUUUAAUAACAUUUUUUUAAAGCAAUUUUGUAAAAUUAAAAAAAAAAAGCACUAAUAAAUGACGGUGAGGCUGUUCACAUUAAACAUCACAUUAAAAAAAUAAAUAAAUACAAGUUGUCGCUUUGAAAAAGUAAUUCCAUCAAAUACAGCAGACUGGCUAUUUGCUUCCCAUUAAACUCCUUUAACUUCCUAUAAUUGACUUUGCAAGGAUGCAACUAGUCAAAACGGACCCAACAGCGCCUCUGCUGGUUGCAGUUGAGUACAGCACACCAUUCACACACACCCAUCAGUUUCAAAUGAUCAACAGAAUAACUCCAAAUGAUCUGCUCAUCCCCAGCAGUAAUAAAUUAUUACGCCGAAUAAUUUUCUUUCGGGUACCGGAACGCAUAUUUUACAGCAGAACUAUGAAAUAAAGGGUGAUAGAUGGCUAAAAGCUCAAAUUCAUUGUUGCUAUAGCCCAAAUGUGCAAUACCGACAAUUUUCUGUUCUAUAAAUGUCAAAUAAAAAGCAGGUUUAUCACUAUGUCAUUGAAGGCACAUGACUGUGAAAUAUAUAGCUUAUUAUGUGUAUACAGUAUAUUGAAAAAAAUAAGACAUUAUUUGACGGAAUUGCAAUGGCAUUCCUCAAUAAUAUUUUCUCCUUUGCUGGGGGAAUGCAAGGUGAUUUUAAGGUGCUGGCUAAUCAUGAUGUCUCCAAUCUGUAUUCAUUCAUUCUAUGCAAAUUCUUAGUUCUUUGGUGUAUUUUUGGAAGGUUAAGUCAUAUUGAGUUGCUUGUGAUAGAAUGGUCUUUUCUUUUUGCUGGCAUUUUCUUUUCAAAUUAUAUCGUAGUAAGAUAAAUGUAUUAUUUGCAGUUCUUAUCACAUUCGCAUCUUUUGCUGGUGAUCUUAUUUUGUAGUAGCAUUAUGUACUCACAAGUAGUUUUAAAUUGUUGAUUUGAAAUACAGUGCAAAGUCAUAUUUUUGUAUAAAAAAAAAAGAAAGAAGGAAAAAGAAAGGGGGAAAAAAAAUCAGCCAACCGAUUAUGAUUCAUCUUGAAUUUCAUCAUUUUUCCAAAGAUUGUACUCUCGAUUUAAAAAAAGAAAUGUAGCAACAACAUUGGUCUAUAAAGGAGAAUCAGAAUAAAAAUAGGGAGGAAAUCGGGAUAGAGAAUCUUUUUUUUUUUUUUUAAAUUAAAUAUAUAAUUGCCUGUUUGCUUAUUUAUCCCAAUACAUUUGUUUGAAUAUUCUGUUGAGGAUAUGUUGUCACUCAGAGAUCUAACAAAAUAACUGUGCCAAAUGUAUUACAUACACUUAUUAGGACUUAUUAAGCUUCUUUUUUUUUUGGUUCUCUUCGUGGAAAUGUGCUUCUCUGCUAACUUUCAGGGAUUUCACACUGGAAUGUUUCAUGAAUCAGAUUCAGUCCAUGUUCCAAAACAACAUCCCACCCUUUUGAAUACAAUGGCUUUCGCUUGCAUUCGUUAACUCGUGCUUCUAUUUUGUAAAUGAACGAAUCAUGUAUGUAAUACUCUUGCUUUCAAUUUCCGUUUGCUUACUGUGGUGUUUUUGUGAAUUUUUAUUCCAAAU